GCGCGCCGGGACGACGCGGCCGGCUCCGGAGCCCUUUGUGAGGGCUGCGGGCUGCGCCAGACGGCGACACGAUGAGCGGCUCGGGCGGGGCGGCGGCGGCGGCCGUCAGCUCCGCGCCGCCCGCGCAGGACGAGGGCAUGACGUGGUGGUACCGCUGGCUGUGUCGCCUGUCGGGGGUGCUGGGGGCCGUCUCUUGCGCCAUCUCGGGCCUCUUCAACUGCAUCACCAUCCACCCUCUGAACAUCGCGGCCGGCGUGUGGAUGAUCAUGAAUGCUUUCAUCCUGUUGCUCUGCGAGGCGCCCUUCUGCUGCCAGUUCAUUGAGUUUGCGAACACGGUGGCGGAGAAGGUGGACCGGCUGCGCUCCUGGCAGAAGGCUGUCUUCUACUGCGGGAUGGCCGUCAUUCCCGUCGCCAUCAGCCUGACCCUGACCGCGCUGCUGGGCAAUGCCAUUGCGUUCGCCACCGGGGUGUUGUAUGGACUCUCUGCUCUGGGCAAGAAGGGUGAUGCCAUCUCCUACGCCAGGAUCCAGCAGCAGAAGCAGCAGGGGGAUGAGGAGAAGCUCACGGACACCCUGGAGGGGGAGCUGUAAUGUGAGCUUCCGGCUUGCUCCUGUGGUUCUGUGUGGACACGCCCUGCAGGGAUGAGGCCUGGAGCAUUGACCCUGAAGGACAGCCUGGAAGAGGAGCCUUUGCCUGGCUCCCAUCAGCCCCUCUACCCCUGUCCCUACACCUGGAGUCGUCUUCUGUCUUCUCCUUUCUCUAGCUUGGUGUCUCCUGGCCCUGGGCCUCGGCCAGCAGGAAGGAGACUGGCAGUGACAGCAGGCAGCCCCAGGGGUGACCCAGGCCGCAGGGCUGGAGGCAGAGCAGAGCCUGGCCCCACGCACAGCUGGCCUGGCUCAGCCGGAAACAGGCCACCAUGUGCGUUUCCAGACUCCCACUGCUAGCAGAGCCAUUGGGGAUCUGCUGGACGCUGGGAGGAGCUUCCCCCAGAGAUGCUGGGCCCGGGCAUUGGGCAGAGGGAGCCUCCUCUUGGCUCUCCAGGUAGGAAAGUAUGCUGUAGGCUGAGCCACCUGGCCCCCUCUGUCCACCUGUCAUCGGGAGGGAGCGGUGCCCUGCUGCCCAUGGUCUGCCGCUGCCCAGGCCCCUCCCUGCGUCUCUGUUCUCUGUGGGAGCUCACAGCACUCCCAAGAUGCUUCUAGAGGACCCAGCACAGCAGCCUUGGCAGCAGCUGGACAGCCGGGGAGUGCUCCCUCCCCCAGCUCCCUGGAAGCUUGGACAAGCCGUUCCAGGAUACUUCUCAUGGGCCUGGCCCUGGCCCCGGGCCCCAGGUUCUCCCCCCAGCCCCCAAGGCCCUGGUGCUAAGGAAGUGGGGAGGGCAGGCUCUCCUCUCCCAUGGGGCUGUUUGUCCACCUCUCUGGUGUGGUCCUGCCAUGUUAGCAGUGGCCUAAGUCCAGUUAGUAAGGUUAAGCUCGACCCACCGGUGUUGCUGCCGGCCUGCCCCCGACCCUGCCUUCAGGGAGUUUCUUGCCUUUGAGAGCUGGGCAGAGGCCAGAGCUGCCUCCACCACCAUGAACUGUACCCAGGCCACCUGGGAACAAAGCCUGUGUGGGGGGCGUGAGGAGGCGGCCCUGCCUGGGCUGUGCACCGUCUCCCCUGGCCUCCUUCCAUGCCAGUGUUCCUGUGUCCCCCGUGUAUGUCCGCCUCAGCCCGCUGACGGCUCCGCUCACCGGACUUGCCCCCAGCUGCUAGGCCCAUCUGAUGGGACCUGACCGAGCCCAGGUGGCACUGGGCAGAAAUGGGCGGUGUGGAAAAGGCUCCAUCUGGGGCCCAGCUCUGCUCUUCCUUCUCCCAGGACCCUGGCAGUGCCUGCUCACGGCCCCGAGCUCAGCCCCAGUCCUGCUUUGUUGGAAACAGCCCUCGGGCUGUGUCCAGAUCCUUGCUUCCCAGAGGGUGCGCUCCUCUCGGGGCCUUGUUAGUGUUGGACAGCAGGAGGGGCAGUUACUGUCCUGGGGACACAUCCCAGGGCUCCUGGUCAGCAGUGGCCCCCAGCGGCCUUCCAAGGAGCCUGACCAGGCUGGGCCCCCGGGUGGCAAGGGCACUACAGCGUGGCUGGCCUGGUGGGACACGUGCCUUCGGGGGUCCUCUGGGACCACCCAUCUCAAACAAGCGCUGGGUUCAAAGGGCUCUGGGCUCUAGACCUCUCCGGGCGGGUGGGCGUGUGUGUGUGCUUGUCUUCUGUGUCUGCCGUGCGUGUGUGUGUGUGUCUUCUGCGUGUGUUGUAAGACCUGUCUACCUCCCAAGAGGAGCACCCCUCUUGGUUCAUUCUUAUCCAGGAAGUGGGACGUGAGGGUCACUCCGGCCCCUGCGGCAGGGGCCUUGAUGGCGGGGGCUUCCUUCUGCAGGAGGAGAGGGGCUGGCUGUGUGUCCGGGAAGGUUGCACCUCUACUCUGUCAGGAAGUCGGGUGGGUGUCGGGUGGGUGCUAGAGGCAGGCGCAGGGGUGGGAGUGCCCUCCAACCCCUCAGUCACCGGCCAGGUUGGACCCGAGGUUCCCACCAAGUAGGGCUAAGCAAUCCUGGAGCAGUGACCCCAUCCCUCAGUGUGGGGUGCCGCCUCACAAGGAACAUCUGUCCAGGUCGCAGAAGGGGCUGGGCCUCCAGGUUCCAUUCCUGCCUCCGCGGGUCUGGACUCUCUUGUCUUGGGGCCCUCACUUUCUCAGUGUUUAGCGUGCAUUUUGAGCAAUAAAGCCUGGCGGGAGUUUGUAUGCUC